CUCUGGGAAAUCACUGCAAACAAAGGCAAGCAUGUUAAGUUAGAAAUAACAGACAUGCAAAUUCACAGAUGUGGAUCAGAGGGAGCUUGUACGUGUGAUUAUUUGGAAAUUCGGCAUGGAUUUCUUGCUUCGGGUUUGACACCAGGUGCUGCAAGUGGGAAACUAUGUGUUGAUGGCUCAUUUACUCGUCAGACAUAUUAUUCCACCAAUCAGCGCCUUAGUGUUAGGUUCUUUGCUGAUCGUUUAGUCUCAAAGCGUCAUAGAGGAUUUAAAGCAACUUACACUCAGCUAAACUUCACCCCUCCAGGUAUGUCUUUCUUAUUUCAAAUUAUUAUCAAAGUAACGUAAUUGCCCUGUGUUGUAAUUUUGAUUCCUAAACAUAGCUUUUGCAAUACUUUAUGUGUUUGUAUGGUCAUGCAAAUAAAGAUCGUUGUCAGUGUUGUUGUAUUUCAAAUUCAUUUUGAACCAAAUUUUUAUGUUCGAUGCUACCGUGGCGUUUCAAUAGUUUCUUUCUCAGCAGCGUGUUAAGAGAAAAUGGUUCAGGUAUUUAAAAAAAUAGUUGUCUCAUGUAUAAACAAGAAGUUGCUCAAAUUAUUUAAAUUUCACCAGAAAGGCACUACCACCCUAAGUCAACGUAAGAAACUGCGAACCACUUGGUAAACCUUUUAUUUCGUUUAAAUAAAUGAACUAUAGCCACUGGUAGCCAUUGCUUUCGUAUUAAGUAAAAUGAAUACAGAAAUGAUCUUUUUAUAGAAUGCCCUUCGGCUCCUAUCCAGCUAUCUGGUAUUGGAUCAUUCAGCAGCCUCAACUACCCUGUCGCGAACUACCCCUCUGGCAGAGCUUGUUUCUGGAUCAUUACUGCAUCUCCUGGAAAACGUGUAAAGGUACAAAUCACAGAUUUUCAGAUGGGCCGAUGCGAUGAUUGCAGCUCUAAUUUUUGUAGCCGCUUGGAGUUCUACGAUGGUCCUACGGCAAAUUCGUCGUCCUUGGGUCGUCUGUGCACCAACUCGGAGCUCACAGCAAAGAUCUCAAGUGGUAACCAAAUGUUUGUUAAAUUCUAUUCGUCGUUCUCACCAGAUCGAGGUUUUCUAGCAGAGUACUCCGAAUCU